AUUUCUUUGGCAAAGUAUGAAGUUUUAUAUAUUUAGAGAAAAUAAAAUGUUAAAAACUUGUGCCAGAAAUUUAGUCCAUUCCACCAAUAAUACAAGAAAUAAAAUUGAGUACUGUGUUAUGUUAGUAAAGACAAAAGAGUUUGAAAAUUAUUUAUGUACAUUAUUACUUCCAUUUAAUGUGCGUACUACAGGAAUGAUUAUUAGAGCUUUUAACAUAGAGCUAGCACAAAUCGAUGCUUUAACAUCUGAUUUAAAAACAGCUCAAAUGAGAAUUCAGUUUUGGAGAGAGACUUUAGAAAGUAUAUAUGCUGGUCGACCUCCAAACCAUCCUGUUGCUAUAUCAUUGGCUUUAUGUUUGGAAAAGCAAAUGUUAUCGAAAGCAUCAUUUAAUAAGCUUAUAGACAUUAGAGAAAAACAUUUAAGUAAUAAGCCAUUUAUGAGUUUAGAUGAUGCUGCAACUUACGGAGAAUAUUCUGUUUCUCCAAUACUGCAUUUAAUUAUGGAGGGAUUAGAAACAACGGCUCCAAACUCUUUUUUGAGUGCAAAACAUCUUGGAAAAGCAUGUUCUCUUGUUACACUUCUUCGUUCUGUUCAAUAUUUUACACAAAGACGUAUUGUUCUUUUGCCUAUUGAACUUUGUUAUAAAUAUUCUUUAUCUCAAGAAGAUUUACUGCGCAAUAAAUAUCCAGAAAAAACUAAAAAUAUAUACAAAGAAAUUACUAAUUAUGCAUUAAUGCAUAUUGAUGAACUUCAUAAAUUAAAGAAAAGUUUGUCAAAAACUGAAAAACUAAUUUUUCUUCCUAGCAUCUCAUGUGAAAUUUUUCUAAAUAAUUUUCGAGAUCUUAAUUUUGACAUUUUUAAUAAAAAACUUUACAGAAGACAAUGGAUUCUUCCAUGGAGGCUUUUUGUUACAACUUAUUUUAAAUAAAAAUAUUUAGUUGUUCUAGUUUUUAUUGUAUGUGUGUUGUAGUAGUUGUUUAACUAGAAUAAUAUUAAAUAUUUUUACAUUGUUAAAAAUAAAUCAUUGUGUGGCAGUCAUGUUGUUCAACUAUUAUGAAGACUAGAUUAUUUUUCAUAAAUUAUUUCUUGCUUUU